AUGACGACAAUAACAACCUUGACGGCGACACUGGACGGCAAGCGCCCGGCAGUCUAUGAAUAUGAAAAGAUCACCAUCGAACAGCGAGAGAAUGUAUCGAGCCGAGCACCCAUACAGCCCCAGACACAGACCCAUCCUCCCCAGACUCAGCCCGCGAAGACACCAAGUUUAACCCAGCGAGCGCUACUCGUCCACGCCGCUCAGCAGCCCUACGCCCUGGUGACCGACCAUGCCGUGCCGGCGAUCCUGCACAAAGACGAGAUCCUGAUCAAAGUGAUCGCUAUCGGUCUAAACCCCGUUGACUGGAAGGGCCCAGCCUACAAUUUCGGCCUCCCCUCUCUCCCCUGGGUGAACGGACGCGACUUGGCGGGCGUCGUAGUCGAGACUUCAGACCAGACGGAAGGCUCACGCCUCCGCAAAGGCGAUCUCGUCCUCGUCCCCUCGACCGACUACCGUGAUAUCCGCAAGGCCGCGUUCCAGGAAUACGCCAUCGCAACACACUACAACGCUGCCAAAAUCCCUUCACCAACACAUACGCACGCCGCUGCAUCAGUAGGUGUCGCGUUUGUGGCGUCGGUCCUAGCACUGGGUGUCUCACUGGGUGUGGAUUUUGGCGGGAUCCAGCGGUGCCCUGGCCCAAAUCUCCCCUACGUUCUGAGCAAAGUGGAAGAGGAGUCAAUACCUCUCGAUAUUCGGGACGAGUGUUUUGCCUCUAGGAAUACUAUUGAGAGACCCCGAAGAGGGGAUUGGAUCGCCAUCUGGGGUGCCUCAACAACAACCGGCUUGAUAACAAUCCAACUCGCACGACUGGCAGGACUCAAGACCGUCGCUGUCGCUGACAUUGCGCGCCACGGCAAGAAGCUUCACGCUGCAGGGGCAGACAUCCUAGUUGACCGACACAAUACUUCCCGCGCUGUCGAGAUUAUCCGCGGUGUGACAGGAGGUAAACUUCGGUACGCCAUUGAUAUUGUCGGGAAAGAAACGGCCACAUUGCUACAAUCAACACUGGACCCGAGCAUUAGCGAAAAUAGAUCCCACGCGCAUCUACUCGGGCUGACGGGUCUACCGCCUGGUAGUGACCGCGAUGAGCGGAUCAGAUACCACACUGUCCCAAUCAAGCUCUUCCAUUCUAGUCCUGAAGUAGGCGAGUCGAUGGUUUCCUGGCUCGAGAGACUGAUCGAGUCCGGGACGCUGGAAUUGCCUGAGAUCAUUAGGGCAGAGGGGGGUCUAGAGGGGGUCAAUGAGGCGCUGGAGAUGCUCAAACGGGGAGAUGCGAGUGGGAAGAGGAUCGUGAUGAGUUUAGACUAG